ACGUACAGCCUGCGCAUCCGCGUGGGGGAGCUGGUGGAGGAUCCCGGGACGCGGAGACCCGGCGUCCCGGUAGCGGGGCGGCCCGCGGGCCACGGUGGGGAUGCACCGCCGCGGAGUGGGAGCCGGCGCCAUCGCCAAGAAGAAGCUUGCGGAGGCCAAGUAUAAGGAGCGAGGGACUGUCUUGGCUGAGGACCAGCUGGCCCAGAUGUCAAAGCAGUUGGACAUGUUCAAGACCAACCUGGAAGAAUUUGCCAGCAAGCACAAGCAGGAGAUCCGGAAGAAUCCUGAGUUCCGGGUGCAGUUCCAGGACAUGUGUGCCACCAUUGGGGUGGAUCCUCUGGCCUCUGGAAAAGGAUUUUGGUCUGAGAUGCUAGGCGUGGGAGACUUCUAUUACGAGCUGGGUGUCCAGAUUAUCGAAGUGUGCCUGGCCCUGAAACACCGGAAUGGAGGUCUGAUAACUCUGGAGGAACUACAUCAACAGGUGUUAAAAGGAAGGGGCAAAUUCGCCCAGGAUGUCAGCCAAGACGACCUGAUCAGGGCCAUCAAGAAACUAAAGGCACUGGGCACUGGCUUCGGCAUCAUCCCUGUGGGCGGCACUUACCUCAUUCAGUCUGUUCCAGCUGAGCUUAAUAUGGAUCACACUGUGGUGCUGCAGCUGGCAGAGAAAAAUGGCUAUGUGACUGUCAGUGACAUCAAAGCCAGUCUUAAAUGGGAGACGGAGCGAGCGCGGCAAGUGCUGGAACACCUGCUGAAGGAAGGGCUGGCUUGGCUGGACCUGCAGGCCCCAGGGGAGGCCCACUACUGGCUGCCAGCUCUCUUCACUGAUCUCUACUCCCAGGAGAUUACAGCUGAGGAGGCCAGAGAAGCCCUCCCCUGACUGGGAAUGCGGAACGGGGCACAGCAGCAGGCAGGGAGAAGAGGGAGGAGCUGGUGGUGAAUAAAACCUGGACAACUUUGUUUUAAAAAAGAACCAAAAAACCAGAAAAAUUCCAAUUUUUUUCUUCCCCCAGUAUUCUUCACCCAUUACUUUAUUAUUUUUUUAAAGUGCCUUCACAUUG